CCAGAGAACAAGGAAGCAACAUGUGCUGACCAUAAUAACUCCAACACACAGCCAGGCAGCGAGCACGACACAAGCCCGAGGACACGCACCGACCACCGGGAAGCACACACAGGACGCCGCGACUAAGACACACCAUGAAAAGAGAGGUCAAGGCCGGAGUCAACUUCCUCAAACGCCUGGCUGUGGCACGUGGAAAACUCGACGAGGCCAAAGCAGAAGUGUUUGCUGAGAAGCUGCAGAAGCUUUUAUGUGAUAGCUAUGAAGACCACUGGUACCCUGAGUGUCCCAGCAAAGGCCAGGCCUACAGAUGCAUUCGGAUAAAUAACGGCGUGCUCUGCGAUGAAGCCGUCCUGAGGGCAUGUAAGGAGAGCGAGCUCACGCCCAGCGAUCUGGGACUUCCGUCUGAGAUCACGCUGUGGAUCGACCCGCUGGAGGUGUGCGCGAGGUCUGGAGAGAACAGCAGGCCCUUCACAAUAGCCUGCUUCAGCGAACAAGAGGACGAGGAGGACGAUGAAGGCGCGAAGGGAGACCAAGACGACGCCUCGGAGGACUCCAUAAACCUGGACACCUCAGACUACCACUCUGCUACCUCUUCGGAUUGCGGUUCCACCGCAUCCAGCGACACGGAGGAGGAGGCGAAAGACGGCGAGACCGAGUGCGAGCAGGAAAAAGAGGAGGAGGCCGUGAAGAAGGAAGAUGCAGAAGGCGACACCUACACGAUAGUGAUGGUGCCCAGGAUUCGGAAGCGACAUGGAGAUGGACCAAAUAAAGUGAAAUACGUCAGAAAUAUGCUCCCAGCGAGCCUCCAGUACUUCUACCACCCCACACCGGUCUGGCCUCAGUACAAGAAGGCUGCUCCAGUGUUCCUCACCACGGUGUGCGCCCCUCCGCCGCCGCCACCUCCGCCCCAGCAGGUUUUCGGCUACUACAUCUUGCCGCAGGCGUCCCCACAGUUCAUCGUGCCUCAAGCCGCCCUGCAGCCUUGGGGAGCCGUGAAGGGUUAGACCGUCCACGAGCUGCAAAACGGAGCAUUUAGAAGCUCCUUCGACUGAGCCAUGGGAUGUCAGUUCAGCUAAACUUGGGCCAAGAAAAGAACAUUUUUAACUGUACGGUUUAUAGUUAUUCCCUGCACAGCCUGUAAUAGUUUCUUUCUUUGUCAUUUCUUGCUCUCAGCACAGAGACGCCGCUGGACUCGAGUGAAAACUAUUUAAUCUGUCAUGUCUGCACUGCUAUUUUUUUUAAAAAAAGGAACUUUUCUCAUUACGAAUGACUUCAGUCACUGGGUGCUUGGACUAACUCAGGAACUCUCAGCAAUAUAUUUAAGCCAAAUAAUUACCUUUCUACGGUCGUCUGUUUAGCCAGUUCUCUCACCAAAUAUGGUUCACUGUGUGUACGUCACAGUCAAUCACUGUACAAUGUGAUUCAGGGUUUUAAUCUAUUGUAGUUAGACUGAUGAUAUCUGUAUAUUAAGAAGAUAUUUUUUACUAAACUGCCUGUAAAUAAUAGAAUUUAGAUACUAUAGACUGAUGCACACUUUCUACUCUUACUAUUUUUGUUGUAAUUUAUUUGGCCACCAGUGGAUGGCGCUCAAGUCUCAUCAAAUACAUGAAGUUGUAUAUUUUUUAUCAACUGUGGAUGCUGUAUCUUGCAAAUCUCAGAACACAAACUUGUUUUUAGAAAAGCUUCUCUCGUCGGUGAAAUAUUUAGCUGUGCUUCUUUUUCAUGGAAAACCUGCUGGCUUAAAGCUGCGUUUGUUGUAAAUAACAUUCCUUGCUGUGAGAAUCUGCGACACCCCGGAAACAACCCGCAUGUUUAGCUCGCUCCGUUGUAUUUCAAUGGAUAUUUAUUUAUGCCACUUUGUAGCUUGUGUGUUCACUGUCUUGCUGUCACCUUUUUACGUUUGCCUUCACGUUACAGCAAAUUAAACCAGCUCCUACCUGAAAA